AUUUGGCAGGCGCGCGUCGGAGCUGACGGCGGCUUGUGAUGGCAUCAGGCGUCAUGGAAGGUGCGACAGCAGAUGAGGAGCGAGGUCAGAUGGAUCGGGUGUUGAAUGUGGAGGCCGAGGACCCAGACGACGAUCAAGUCGAGGAGCAGGCCGAGGACCAAGACGACGAUCAAGUCGAGGAGCAGGCCGAGGACCAAGACGACGAUCAAGUCGAGGAGCAGGCCGAGGACCAAGACGACGAUCAAGUCGAGGAGCAGGCCGAGGACCAAGACGACGAUCAAGUCGAGGAGCAGGCCGAGGACCCAGACGACGAUCAAGUCGAGGAGCAGGCCGAGGACCCAGACGACGAUCAAGUCGAGGAGCAGGCCGAGGACCAAGACGACGAUCAAGUCGAGGAGCAGACCUCUACUGAUGAUGAUAUACAACCCAAUGCACCUCUAGGCCAACCUUCAUCAUCCGAUGAAGCUGCAACUGCGGCAGAUGCAGAGGCUGUAUCAGCUGCACCGAGUACAGCUGCACCUGCACAAGCCGAGCAUAUUGAUGAGCCACAGGCUGAGCCCAGGCUGGUCACACCAGGUUCAGAGCCAGCGCUGAAGAGUUCUACCGGCAAUGUUGCAAAGCAACCUGCCCGUGACAACAUUCUGGACACUGAGCAGAUUGGUAGCUCGAGCCAGCCUGACCCUGAGGCUGUGCGUGAAGUCUUUCUACCCACGCCCGGCAAGCCUUCGGGGGUGCAGCUCGUGGGCCCGCGCCUUCAGCGAUUGGUGGACGAGGAAGAGCAAGGCAAAGAGGCUGAGGCUUCGGGUAUCUUUGUAUCGGGCCUCAAGCCCGACUCGACCCUCAGCAGCGAGCUGGGCGUCGGAGAUCGCGUCCUGGCCAUGAUCAUUGAUGGCCGCCCCUUUGAUACCCUGGACGCUACCUUGGAGGACGUCAUCAACCUCUUCCGUUUGGCCCAGCAGGAGGUCAAAUUGCACGUACGCUUUGAGCCCAAGAACUAUGAAGCCUUGCAUGCAUUUAUGGCAGCCACUGCCGAGAAUCAGAUCCAGCGACUGCCCAAGUCUGACCGGAUGCGCCUAGUUGAUCAAGGCACAAAUACCACGACGGCUGAUAUGAUUGUACAACGAUAUGCAAACCAAGUUGUCAUGGAUCCGGACCACGAGCGUGAAAGCCUGCGAACCGCCCUUCUACACUGGCAUAACCAGGAGUACGAGGCAGCUCGCGAUGCCUGCCUUGACGCCAUGAAGACUGUUUUAUCGCCACGGAUCGCAGAGCGGAUGGCUACCAUGGCCCAGGAAAAAACUCCCGCUCAGGCCAAGGCAUAUCAAGAGCAGGUUCUACAAACUGAGCGAAAACGCAAAGAUCCAUAUUGGUACCUCCUUGGGCUCACUUGGCUGCGCUUGCACCGCAUUCGCCUCUGCCAAGAAGCGUUUGCUCGUGUUCUGCAAAAACUGUUGCCAUGGGCCUACGCUGAUCGAACUAUUAUCCAUCCUUACGAUGCCCCCUUUCACUAUGCCGUGGCCUCGAUGCUUCGCGACCGGAAACAGUACGACUUGGCCCUUCUGGCAUAUGAGGAGUGUGUGCAGUUGCAACCAGAUAACAGCCAAUUGAAACCAUUGAAUUGCGUUGCACCUUGUGACCUCUCUCUGCACCAUACUGAUGGUACCCCGCAUCCCUCUCUCAAACAUCAACCACCCGAUCCUCCCUCCCAUAUUCAACGGCGGCAAGACGACGACUUGGGCGGCACCAGCGCGAUGGCAGAGGAGACGAGCUUGGACAUGGGCGGUUUUUACGAGGAGGACGAGCAGCAAGUGGCACCGCCACCGCCACCGGGCAUGAAUCGGCCCCAACAGGCCUACUCAGCUGCCCCCGCCGGUUUCUAUGAUCCCACUCAACAGCAGGGCCAGCAGCCCACUCAGGCACCCCAUGAGCUAUGGUAUGGCUGUGCCUGCAUCCUGCUUCCUGCCUGGCCCCUGCUUUUGACACGUCUGUUCUCGCCCGCUUGUGUCUCACGUGUUGCUGCCAACGCCGCAGCCCCCCGCGGCGGUGCUUACAUGGCUCCGCACCAACAAUCUGGACAGAGCAACUACAUGCAGCCUGGCUCGUAUGCUCAGGCUGCAGCACCAGCGCCCCAGCCACAACCGGCUGGUCCAGGCAACAAUGCAGCAGCUCCUUUUGGUGGUUUUGGCCAGUUUCCCGGCGGCGAUUUCAUGACGGGUGCCGUCGGUCAUAUGGCUCAGCAACACUUUAGCACUGUCUCAAACCAAAUGGCCGGCUAUGUUAACGUGGGCCAGCUCUCGUACUACUUUAAGGACUGGGACCGAGUGGGCAAGGAGGGCAAGUAUGCCACCGCACGUGAAGAUGUCAACGCCCCUGACCUCUAUAUUCCUUCAAUGGCAUUUGUGACCUAUAUGCUGGUCUUGGGCCUGGUCCUCGGUGCACAAGAGCGCUUUACACCAGAGGCGUUUGGCGUGGUAGCUAGCAGCACCUUUGGCUGGCUGCUCUUCGAACUCUUGCUGUAUCGUGGUGCCUCGUAUAUCAUGAGUCUCAGCGAUUUAUCCAGCUACGAGCUUUUGGCUUACAGUAGCUACAAAUAUCUUCACAUUUGCCUGGCCAUCGUAUUCUAUCUCCUGUUGCGCAUUGACAUUGUUCUCUAUGGCAUGGCCAGCUACAUGGCUGCGGCUGUCGCCUUUUUCACG